AUGGCUAGCAAUGAAAAUCCAAGUUCAGUCAUUCCAGUUUCUCAGGAUAAAAUUGUCACAGUGCUUAGCAUAGAUGGAGGUGGAGUUAGGGGUCUAAUUCCAGGCACAAUACUUGCCUUCCUGGAAUCCAAACUACAAGAACUUGAUGGAGAGGACGCAAGGAUUGCAGAUUACUUCGAUGUGAUUGCAGGAACGAGCACUGGAGGUCUUGUUACAGCAAUGCUUACUGCUCCUGACAAAAAUAAUAGACCGCUAUUCCCAGCGAAAGAGAUCAACGAAUUUUAUCUAGAAAACUGUCCAAAGAUAUUUCCUCAAAAAGAAACUUGCAUAAUAAGUUCAGCAUUUAAUUUUCUCCGUGUUGCCACGGGGCCAAAGUACAAUGGAAAGUAUCUUCACUGGAAGAUUCAACAACUGCUUGGCAACAUGACACUUGAUAAAACAUUAACCAAUAUAGUGAUUCCCACAUUUGAUAUCAAACUUCUUCAGCCCACAAUCUUCUCAACAUUUUCGGCAAAGAAUCAACCUUUGAAGAAUCCUCAUCUCUCGGAUGUUUGCAUAGCAACAUCUGCAGCCCCAACUUUUCUUCCUGCUCACUACUUCGAAACUAAAAAUCAAGGGAAAACUAGAAGCUUUAAUCUUGUGGAUGGAGGGGUGGCAGCAAAUAAUCCAACCUUAACAGCGAUGAACUACGUAACAAAGGAGAUCUUCUUGAAACAUCAACAAUUCUUUCCAAUCAAGCCUAUGGACUAUGGAAAAUUCCUCAUCAUCUCUCUAGGAACUGGUUCCUCAAAGAAAGAAGAGAGGUUCAGUGCUCAAGAAUCAUCCAAAUGGAGUCUGUUUGGAUGGCUAUUCAACAAGGGAACCAGUCCUUUGGUCAAUAUCUUUAGCCAAGCUAGUGCUGAUAUGGUCGACAUUCACGCAUCGGUUCUCUUUCAAGUGCUCCAAAGUCAAAAGAAUUACCUUCGCAUUCAGGAUGAUAGCCUUGAAGGUGAAACGUCAUCAAUGGAUAAUUCUACAAAAGAGAACUUGGAAAACUUGAUAAAGAUCAGUAAUGAAUUGUUGAAGAAGCCGGUUUCAAGAGUAAACCUUGAGACGGGAGAGUUUGUGGCAGUUGGUGGUGAGGCAACAAACGAGGAGGAGCUCACUCGUUUCGCAAAGCUUUUAUCUGAUGAAAGACAAUGCAGGCAAGGAAACUUGUCAGCCAAAUGA